AUGAUCUUACGGGGAAAGAGUAAAGAUCAUAAAAUUAGCGAGAGAACACCGUCGCAAUGCGGAGCCUCUGGUAGACUGACGGAGCGAGCCGGAUCCCCGCGCGGCCUCAUGGCUCCUCCACGUAAAAUUACUAGGGAGCAACUAGAAAUACUAUUAGAUUUUAUGGAGUCCAAUAAAGAUCUGAUAUCCAGGCCCACCAAAUUUUCACCUCAUAGUUCAAGAAUAUCACACCAAAAAUGGUCAGCUAUAGCAAAGAAAUUGAAUUCCGUAAAAUCAGGAACUAUAAAGUCAGCUGAGAAAUGGAGACGCUAUUGGACAGAAUGGUCUUCAAAAUGUAGAAAGAAAGCAAAGAGGACUCAAUUCUGGAAAGCUAAUUUAAACAACUCUGAAACUCCUUGCGUUGUCACACUAAACAAUUUAGAAAUAAGACUCUUGGAGCUAACUGCAAAAAAAUCCGAUGGUAUUAGUAAUGCAGUCACAUCUUCAAUUCAAGAUGAUAAUGAUAAUACUGAACUAAAUUAUGAAAAUGUUUACUCAGAUACAGAAAUAGUUAUAAAUAAUGAGGAUGACAUGGAUCAUUUAAAGUAUUCGAGUAUUGAUAGCUCUAAAAGUUUAGAUGACAAUGCAUUGCCAGAAAGAGGUACUCUUGCUGGGGAAAGUAAAUAUAACAUAGAAUUGUCUCGAGAUAAUACACCUCCACCUCAGUGGGCUUUAGAAUUAGAAGAGCGUAGAAUAUCAUCGCAAGAGAAAAUGGCAGAUGCACUGCAGUCAAUAGCUUCUACACUACGUAAUCAAGAAGAGAGGCGUGUCGCACUGGAUCAAAAAUUGACAAACACUUUGAGUGCUCUUGCACAAAAUAUACAGGGCCUUAGCAAUGGUCUACAAGAAGUAAUACAUCAUAUUAGCAGCGAUAAAGAAGUAUUGAAGGAAGUUGUAUACAUAAGAUAG